AUGUCGUUCUUUGUUCAACAGCAAACACAAUAUACGGCGCACUCGGGAAUGGCAAUACAACCCACGCCAUACCAACCUUGCCAUCUACCAUCCGCAUUCACCCCACAAGCUUCGUGGGAUGAUCCUGAAGCUUGGCUCAGGAACUCCACUCAAGACUUACUGAAUGACCACCCUACAUCGAUAGUCCCCGGUAUCAGCCCCGGCCAAGUCUUCUUACGAACACAGCAGAUUAUGGGACCAUACACACCUCGGGAUUUAUGGAACGUUCGAUGUUUGUCGCCGGCGGAGCGACAUGAGAUGUAUGUUUCCUUUGGGGUUUUUGGUCGCACUAUGCAAAGCCAUGAGCCGAGAUCUCCAGAGUACAUUAGUUCUUUUGAUCUUAUCAAAGAAAAGAGCAAGGAUAUUGCCGAAAAGGAGGCACAGUGGUACGCUCAAUUUGCUGAUAAGAAGAAGGGGACUGUUGAGCAGCGGAGCGAGCGAUUCAAAGCCAUUGUGGUCGAACAGAUGCACGCGGUUGACCUUAGAACUGUCUCCCAGGCAAGCAGCGCCUCUUCUCCGACUCAGAUUGGCUCGCUAGAAAAACAGCCUGGUGCAGAGAACAACACUGCAAUCGCCAUUAAUGAUGAUCAAGACAGCUCUCCAAGGCCGUUGCGCGGUCAGAAGCGCUAUGCCCCAGAGCCAGAAGCCGGGGAAGACUGCCGACCCGCCAAACGAGUCACACCAGAACUGGACGAGUCAGUGCGACUGGAAAGGGAGGCGAAAGCCGAGGCGGAACACCAGCGAUAUCUCGCCCAGAAGGACAUGAUUGACCGUAUCUACCUUGAUGGCGGUCGCUCGCGGAAACCAACAGAUCCCAUAUGGCAGAAGCUAGCGGCCUUUGAUGCGUUCGAGGCCGCGAAGCAAAUCCCAAUGCCAAAAAAGAAACGCCGACAGUCACUGCCCGAGGAAGAUCGGCAAGCAUAUGAACAUCUAGACGAACGCUUCAAGCUUCCAUCCCGCGACUUGGCAUCAUACCCACUGAAGACACCAGACAGGUACAUGUGUCUCCACGUCGACUCGGGAUGCGGAGGCAGCAAGGAUUGUACCUGCCACAACCACGACUGUUGCCGCAACGGCUUUACCCUCCGCCAGCUUGAGGGCGCGAUAAAGCGUAAGUAUGAAAGGGUCUGUUCGAAGAUUGAGGAACAGGCCUUUAUACAUGGCAAGAUACCUCGGGAGCAGAAAAAAUGGGAUAAUUGGUAUAGCAAGGAGAUGCGAGAUCGAGACUCGACUCGCAUCAAGGCUUGCAUGCCACCACUGGAGUGGAAGCCUGACCCACGUAUGGCAGGAGUGAAUUUGGCUGCGCAGUCUUUGAAAGCUCCACGACAAGCCGCUGCCAAGAAACCUCGUGCAAAGCCUCAAUCUGCGCUUGAGCGACUGCAAAAGAGACAGAUGGAGGAAGCGAUAUCACAGACGACGCAAGCGGUUGUCGGAGAGGCGGAAGAGAGUGCAAGGAAAGAAGCUGAACAAGCUUUCCCUGUUGUACCUACGGAGGUGUGUGAGGGUUGUGAGCAGCCAGAUCGGGUUUCCCUUCAGGCCGAGCAUCAGGAGGCUGAGAAGCCAAUCUCGACACCUGAAGAGAAUAUCCCUGAGAACAAUGGGGAUGGCGAUCUGGACGUGGCCUUGUUUGGCGAACCAAUUCCAUCAAACGAAGAUGGUAACAACGGCCUCGAGUUGGAACAACCGAGUGGGGGCUCCCAAGUCGGACUGUUGGACACUUCUGAGCUGGCGGACAUCUUCAAUCCUACUGUACCAGUUUCAGCAGAUGGCUUCGACAAUGAUUUGUUUGCAGAGUUCUUCCAGGGGAGGAAGACAUAA